AUGUUCAUGAAAGCCCUUGGAUUAGUUUUUGUUUUCAUUAUCCGUAUUCGGUUUCCACGUUCAAAAUCUAUCGCUAAUGUUAUUAAUCAAAGGUAUGGAAAUUCAAUUUUGAAGGACAUUAGGAAAUUUGAACAAUGUGAUUAUAAAUUAAGAAAAUGUAAACUGGAUCUUGAAUUCUUGGAGUCUUGCAAAGUAAACAAUGUCACACCGAAUUUCUUAAAUUUUCGAGUCGCCAAUAGAAAUCUUCGUAACUCUACUGCGUAUCGUAAAUGUCAACUAGCGCUACUUGACGAUGAAAUCAAAACCAAAAGAAAAAAAUCGUUGCUUUGUAAGGGACUAAAUUUCGCUAUCCCCCCAAAGAAGUUGGAAUAUGCAAGCUAUCUCGUACCUUUCGAACUUUUGAUGAGAGAUAUCAACAGAGACGACCUGUCUAACGAAGACAAAAACUACAUAAAAACAAGACUGAAAGAUACUGCCUUUUCAUCUUAUUACUCGUACAACAGUAAUCCAGAGAAGCCCAGCCUUCCUGCCAAUGAGUUUAAAGCAUUACAAGACCUCAUGAAUCGUGAUGAUAUCGUAAUACAAAAAGCUGAUAAAGGAAACACAGUAGUAUUGUUGAACAAAGAUAGUUAUAUUUUAGCUGUUGAGUCCCUUCUCGAUGAUGAUACAAAAUUUGCUAAAUUGAACAUUCCUCCUGGUAAGGACAUUAAUUAUAUAAUUAAUAUAGAAAAUAGAUUGAGGAAAUCCUAUAGAUCUUUAUUAAACAAUAAUUAUAUCGAUGAAACUACGUACAAGAAACUUUGUCCCAGUGGGUCCAAUCCUGGUGUUUUGUAUGGUCUAGCCAAGGUACAUAAACCUUGUGUUAAUGGCGUACCCAAGUUUCGUCCUAUUCUUUCUGCUAUUGGUACUCCCACGUACAAGCUUGCAAAGUUUCUUGUACCUAAGCUUGUAAGUCUCACUAUCAAUGACUAUACCGUGAAAGACUCCUUCAGUUUUGCGUCUGAAAUUGUUCAGCAGAAUCCUAACUGUUAUAUGGCUAGUUUUGAUGUUAAUUCACUUUUUCCGAAUAUUCCAUUACAUGAAACGAUUGAUAUUAUUAUCAAUGAGAUAGAAUCUAAUUCUAUAGAUGGUAUUCCUAAGAAAGAUUUGAAACAUCUUCUUACUCUAGCGACUACCGAGUCUAUUUUUGUUUUCAACGGCGUAUAUUAUAAGCAAAUUGACGGUGUGGCUAUGGGGUCUCCGUUAGGGCCUAUACUGGCCAAUAUUUUUAUGUGUCAUUAUGAAAACAUUUGGCUUGAAAAUUGUCCGUCUGAAUUUAAGCCGAUCUAUUAUAGACGAUAUGUUGAUGAUAUUUUUGUUUUAUUUGAAUCACGUGAGCAUAUUCAAAAUUUUUAUGAAUAUAUUAAUUCUAGGCACCAGAAUAUUAAAUUCACGUUUGAAGAAGAAUGUGAUAAGGUUUUGCCAUUCUUGGACGUUUGCGUCAUGCGUGAAGGUGAUUCUUUUGUCACCAACGUAUAUAGGAAACCAACAUUUAGUGGAGUUUAUACUAACUUUUCUAGUUUCAUACCCAUGGAAUAUAAACACGGCUUGAUUUUUUCUUUACUUUAUCGUUGUUACCAUCUGUGUUUAGACCUUAAUAAAUUUCAUGUAGAAAUAUCUCAGUUGAAGACUAUUCUUGGAAGGAAUGGAUACCCUUCAAAGGUUUUUGAAUUCUGUCUCAGAAUUUUCAAGAGCAGAAAUUACGAACCGAAGGAACAAGUGUCCCUUGCUCCUAAGAAAGAGUUAGUCCUUGCUUUACCUUUUUUAGGAAAGAUUACCUUACAAAUUAGAACACGUUUGCACCGUUUGUUUAAGCAGAAACUGGCACAUUGUAAUGUUAAACUUAUAUUUUUUUCUAAGAGGAGGCUACGUAGCUGCUUUGCCUUUAAGGACAGAAUACCCGAAUCGUUACGCUCCGGACUCGUUUACUGUUUUAAGUGUAGUGGCUGCAACGCCACUUAUUAUGGCAAAACAAAACGCCAUUUUAAAGUCCGUAUGUCUGAGCAUUUAGGUAUUUCUGCACUUACAGGUAAACGCGUUAAACCUGGUCCCCAGGCCAGUGCCGUUCUUGAACAUUUAAUGUUUUGUAAUUACUCUCAAGCAUCGUUUCACAACUUCUCAGUACUUGCGGAAGAGUCUAAAGAUUUUAAACUUACUCUGAUGGAGAGCUUACUAAUUGAGCGUGACUGUCCCAUUUUAAAUAACACGAUACUUCAGUCCAGGCUCAUUGCUUCUGCAGACACAGAGCUAAGAAUACCCUUACCAUCAUCCAGCUUUGAACUUUGUAAAAGUUAA